CGACUGUGCCCAGGACCGGCCCUGGCCCCUCUUUCGGGUCCAGUUACUACGAAUGUUUGUUCCAGGCUCAUGGAAGGACUUCAUCCUGUGGGAAGAGGUGAAGGUGCAGUGGGAGUCUUGUACCCCUCUUCCCACUGAACCAGUUCAUCCACGGUCCACCGGAACUGGCUCUAGAUGGAAUGGUCUGUUCUGUUCUUGAUUCCAUCAGAAGGGUAACUUCUUGCUGAUUGUGGAUUUGAAGGAUAUGUAUACUCUAUAGCCUAUACCAACCCACUUAAACUGGCUGGGAUUAGAGUAGAAUGUUUCCCGUUGCCUUAGUAAGGUUAAUGUACCUCGUGCAAUUCAAAAUGACAUUUUACGUUAAGCCUCCUGGAGGAAAAAUUGCAUUAAAGAAGUUACAUCAAGAUGCUGAGAACAGACUCCAAUUUCUUUGUCAGAUCCAUCAAGUAUUAGAUGAAGAACAUAUGAAAAAGAUCUUCAUCACAAACCCAAACCUUGCACUCAAUUCUGAAUGCCUCAUUGAUGGCUCACAGCGGGAUCGUACCUCUCACUUCAUUUUAAGAUAUGCAAGUAUGAAAAGUAAGUCUUUCCAAAUAUUUUUAACUGACGCAGAAACCUGUUUGUUUCAAUAUCGACUUAUAAAGGGAGGACAGGCAGCAAUAAAACACAGUUUGAAAACUCUGAGACGACAUACUUGCUAUGCUUUGAAAUAUCAAGUAUUAAGCUUUCAUCAUCGGGAACUGUUAGAAAAUAUUCAGGAGGCAGUGGAUCAAAUUCUAACAUCCAGUAUGUUAGAAUGUCAAAAUGAUCAUUCAUGUCAUCAGUUUGUAAGAGUUCCAUGGACUAUGGUUGCAUCAUUAGUGAAAGACCGCUUGGUUAUAGUGCAAGGAGGUAAAGUAGAUAUACCAUGCAAGUUUUUAAUACAGUUUUUAUGUUCAGUCUUCAGUGCAUUACUCACACAUGGUAUUGAAGAAUUGUCUUCCCAGAGCAUUGACUAUGAAAUGGCUCUAUGUGACCAAAGAAUAAGUCAAAUAAGUCAGAGUUUAAGGAACCUAUUUAUGUCAAAAUAUGGAGGAAACUGUAAGCUGAAAAUUCCCAUACAUAUUACCCACAGAGACAUUGAAAACGAAAGUAAGUUUUUCCCUUUGUGUAUGCAACAACUUCACCAAAUGUUAAUCAAAACCAAUCGGCUUCGCCACCAUGCUAGGUUGCGUUAUACACUGUUUUUAAAGGAUAUAGGAUUACCUGUAGAUGAAAACAUUACCAUGUGGGAGCAUUACUAUUCAAAGCCUUACAAAGGUUCUGGAACCAGCUGUAAUCACUCUUGGCUCGGAGGUGGUGGAAAUCGUUACAAAUAUAGUGUCAGACAUGUUUAUGGACUUGAAGGAGGAAGGAUUAACUACUCAUCACAUUCAUGUCAUGCAUUACAGGCAAUGAAGCCUCAGCCAAUUGAAAUGAGUGGUUGUCCUUUCUCUGGAUCAGAUCCAAAAGAAACUUAUUCUUUCUUAAGAACCACUUAUGGUGAUCAGCUUUUUUUGAAAAAGUUGAUGCAGGCAGUUGAAGCAAACAAGCCAAGCACUGCUUGCAAGCUAUUAAUGAAGUAUUCUCUACAGUUUAUGAAAAUAUCUCAUGCACAAUUGGACCAGAGAAGGGUUUCAUCAUGUGGAAUUGACUCUUCUUGUUGCUCCAAUAAAAAUCAAAUGUUGUUUGUAGAAAAUAAGGUGACUUCGAAUAUAAAUGUUAAAAAUAAUGAUGCUUGUAAAAUAUCUUGUAAAAAUGUUAUGUGUAAUUGUGAAGGCAAUGUACAGCUAAAAGGUAAGUGUACAGAGCCCUGUAAUCGAACUGCACAUUUGAGAUCAGGUGUGCAUGAAAUAUGUGGUGGUCAUAAACAGAGUGAUGCAGUGGAUCAGUGUUCAUCGUACUUGAAAAGAAAUGAUUGUGAUAGAGAGAUAGUCAAAGAAAAUUAUGGUGCAAGUCUAAUUUCUAAAAGUGAACUAGGCUCCAGUUGCAUGCAAUUUCCUUGUGAAAAGUGUGUGAAGAGUUCUGUCAUGAAAACUACAAAUUUUGGAAAACAUAGUUGUCCAUCAGUGAGCGACAUAGAAGAUCUUUCUGGGUUGGCUGAUUGCAAUUUUUCAAAGCCAUCUCAAUAUUAUUUUCAAGUAAAAGAUAACAUAAAAUGUCUUAAAAGCCCUGUAAAUCCUCACUAAUCAAGAUUACAUGGGAGAAAACUGUGAUGAAUUAACUGAAUUGUUGAACUAUUAACCCUUAAACGCCGACUGGACGUAUUGUACGUCGACUAAAAUUGUCUGUUGGGUGCCAAGUGGACGUACGAUACAUUGACUACAAAAUUUUUUUAAAAAUAUUUGCAGAAAAUAGUUAUAGGCCUAGUUUGCAAAAGAUUUUAAAUCAUGCGCCUUGAGGGAUGCUGGGAGUUCACGGAUCACGCUGUUGUUUUGUUUACAAGCGUUACCCAGCCACCAUUGCGCAAGUUUCUUUCUUCUCGCACUACAAAGCAUCAGCGACGCAUCGUUGGAGAGCGAUUUCUUGACGCAUUCGUGCUUUGCAGAACUUUUGCGAGUGACUCUGCUGAAACUCUUACAUUCUAGUAACAUUCAAUCAUUUACCUUCAUUUUGCAACAAACGAGAAUUCUAGCACAAUAUUUCGAUUUAUGGUGAAUUUCUGAAAAAAACUUUUUCUUUCCCUCCGCGCACGUUAACUCUGCUGAAAAUCUCAGAUUUUCUUUAGUCACCUUGUCGUAAUUUUUGCACCAUUUUCUAUUAGCCCUUACAUAAAGUGUUAUACAUGAAAAUGUGUGCAAUAUCAUGUAGAAUACAACCAAAAAUAACUCAUGAUUGUAGUUUUUAUCAGUUUUGAAAUAUUUUCAUAUGAAUAACGAUAAAUAGAAAAAAUUCAACCUUCGGUCAACUUUAACUCAACCGAAAUGGUUGAAAACUACAAUUGUAAGUUAAAACACUUACAGUCUAGUAAUAUUCAAUCAAUUACCUUCAUUUGGCAACAAACGGGAAGUCUCUAGCACAAUAUUUAGAUUUAUGGGGAAUUUUAGAAAAAAACUUGUUUUUAUGUCUGCACGUUACGAAUUCAUGCAUCGUUUUGUGAAUGUUUUCUCUGUGUUGCUUUGAUCAUUUUACAAUUUGUUUUAUACCAAAAUCAUCACAAUUUAGUGGACAAUACAAAAAAAAAAACUCAUUAGCUUUAAACGUUUUACUCACAGCGCGAUUUGUAUACAAUUAUAUAUGAAAUUUUUUUUUGCCCUGUCAUUUAUUCCAAUAUUUAUAUAUGAUAAUGAUAUUUUUUCAUUUCUGAUGGUUGCAUACUAAACUUCAGGCAAUGACAAAAAUAAUAAAGGAGCCAAAAAUGAACUCUUAAUCUUAAAAACCAAGCGUGCUGUGAUUUUUAUAAAAAACUUUUUUCUGCUUCGGCACCAACUCCUGACAGACACUUUUGUAAAUAGAGGCUCGGCAUUUAAGGGUUAAGGGUUUCAAGACUAGACCUGGUCAGGCCACCAAGAUCACAUCCUAAGGAAUGAUUUUACUUCAACUUUUCUUGUUACAGGGUUGGACAUAUGAAAUGAGAUCUUUCCACUAUUCUAUCCUAUGUUUUUCAGCCUGAACUCUCAUUAGGCCUAGGUCCUCAUCUAUCCUUUUUCUCUGGGAUUUCCUAGGUCUUCCUACAGGUUUUCAUUCACCUUCUUCCAAAUCCGGAAAGAGACAACUUAACACCAAGGACUCACUACCGCUGACUCAGUAGCUCAACAGCAGGACAAUUCAGCGCCAGGACAACUCACCACCGGCCAACUCAAUGCCAGGAUAAUUAAAAUGAACUCAUUAAUGGUCAUUUUAAACCAUAGCAUUUUAAAACCAAAUACAAGUAAUUUAUUAAGGAUUGUUUGUUCUAUGCAAUAUUCAGACCCUCAGUAUUUUACAUUAGGAAUUGCUUAUGGCAAAGCUGAAACACUGCUGUUAAAGCUCUUGAACAAGUUGGUUGGGCAGUAACUACCGACUGGUAGGCGGGGAGGUCUGCCUGCCUGGAUGUAAACACCCCACUUUGCUUUCGGGUGUGAUGUGAUGCAGACAUAUUUUCUUGAGCUCUUGCCUGACUGUCAUUAAACUCAAUUUUCCCGGUGGGAUCUCCUCUUUUGUGAUAGCCUCGCAGGCCUCCUUCUUCCAGUGUGUGUGGCCCCAUCUCUUCCUCACACCCUCUGCUUGUAAGGCCAUGACAAUAUAUCUUUUAUGAUUAUUUCUGAGUGUUGCUCUUGCCGCUUGCAUUUUCUCAGACUUUGCUAGGAGGAAACUUCAGCGGAAGGUUGCCAAGCAUUGUUGGAGGUGUUUUGCUUUUGACGGCGCCCUUGGUAAGUGCCUCUUCGUUCUUGUUUCUCUCUCCCAGUAAUCUUUCCUUAGUGUUUGCUCCUUUGGGAGGGUUCUCUCCUUCGCCCUCUUUGCUCUUCAUAAGGGCCUCCUCUAACUUUGUAGGGCAAGUACCCAUGGAGCUAGAGGAGUCCUUUUCUUUUAUUAUUUCUAUAAUAUAUGUAUUAAAUAUAUACUGUGUUUGACAUUUAUUAAUAUACAAACCCACGUUUUGUGAUAACCUUGCAGGCUGCCUUCCCUCAGUGUUUCUCGGGGUCGGCGGCCAAAGGCAUAACAUUCACCCUUAUCACAUCCACAUGCCUUUUGAUUAUAAGGGCACGACAGAAUAUUUGUUAUGAUUAUUUUUUUUAGAUGUUCCUCUUGCUGCUUGCACUGUUGAAAGUUUGCAGAGAGGAAAAUGCCGUAGCAUUCUUCCUUACUUUCUCCCAGUAUUCUUUCCUCAUGACGUUUUCUCCUUUGGGAGAUAUACGUGUCUCCAUUGCCCUCUUUGCUCGCUUGUCAGGCAAGAAGGAGGGGCCAGGUGUAUGUUGGUGAUGGGGUGACUUAUUCUCAGGGGUCUCUUCUUGCAUCGGAGGGCAGUGUCCUUCCGAAUGAGAGGACUCUCCUUUUAUUAAUUAUCUUUUCUUUUUCCUUCAGAUUGACAGUGAGCAGUCAUAGGACACAGCCGUAGAUGGUUGGAUAUCUCACUUUGUUGGCUAUCCUAACCUUCUGGAGUGUACCCUUGACACUAGUAUACUGUGACACUGCCUCUUGUAUGUGUGUAGUUCCCCUACUGUGCGUUCUGUUAGAAUGCUACUGUUGCUCUGAUGACCAGCCACUGGGCAGCUUCUAGUGUAGUCAGAGCCUGAGGAGCAAAGAUGGUUACACACUUCACUCACCAAUGACAAAUCCCCGGGCUACCAGCACAUGGGUAGACCUUACAUAUACUGUGCACACUGUGGUAGCCAAUACUAGUAUAAAGCUAUGAAUUCUUUCUACGAAUCAUUUGAAUAUUCAUCCAUCUAAAUACUUUCCACAAAAGCUUUUGAUAAUUCGACAAGCAAACCAUCAUUCUGAAACUCAUAAGUGCUGACUUGGGUUGUGGUGAGCGGUUAAUUGAAGAAGUAUGUGAAGGCAGAUGAUAGAAUUUUGCAGAUUGUUACUUCUUUUUCACAAUGAUCUUCCACUGUAUAUUUGAGAGGAAUUCAUACAAAUUUUAGUAAAUUUGUAAAUUAAAAUUUAAGAAAUAUUAAAAAUUGACUUUAAUAAAUUACUUUUAUUUGGUUUCAAAAAGCUGUUGUAAAAUUACCAUUAAUAAGUUGAUUUUAUUUGUCCUUGCAUUGAGUUGUCUUAAUGUUGAGUUGGCCAAUGAUGAGUUGUCCUGGCAUUGAGUUGUCCUACUGGUGGUGGUUAGUUGGCAGUGGUGAGUCGGAGGUGAUAAGUCAUCCUGCACCCUUCUAAAUCCACUGCUUGUCUGACAAACUUUCUUGUCUUGCAUCAUCACACAUGUCUAAACCUUGUGUCUCCAAGUCUUUGGUAUCUGUUUUUUUCUAGUCACUUGAUAUCAGAUUUCCUCUCCAAUUCCUCAUUCACAGUGCAAUCCUCCCUCUGUAUUGUGGCUAUGAAUCUUAGCAUUCUUUGGUCAUAUCUUUUCAGAUCUCUAUUUUCCUUGUCAUUGACCGUGUUUAAGUAUACAUUACAUAUCUUUGCCCUCUGUAUGAAUUGAAUAUUUUUAUUUAUGAGUAUAAUCUAGAUCACACUGUUUUAUUCAUUCUGUAUUGCUCUUUUAACUCCUGCUGCUUCACAGAUGUGUGUUUCCACGGCAACAAAAAUACUCUACCUCUUAUGAGACCUGCAUGUUUGUUACAACAGGGUUUUCAUCUCCCCAUUUCUUCCCCAAUGGGUGUUGUAAUGCAUUUUGGUCAUCAAAUAUCCCUUACUCCACGUACAUUUUGCAGGAUUAAGCACCUGUGACACCAUCAGUUGCAUCAAUACACAGUACAGAAUGACCCCCAUAUUUUUACCAUAACAGCCACAUGGGCACUUUUCUUUUCCUUUGCUUCCAUUUAGUCACCACAAACUUUGUUUUGCUUACAUUUGCUUUGUCUUUUCUUCUGUAUUCCACUCUUCAACUAUUUUAGCAUUUAUACCACCUCUUCUUAGGUUCUGCAGUUAACAUCAGGUCAUGUGCAUAAAACUGCUCCUGUUGGCCCCUAUUUUCUGAUCUCAUUUUUAACUUCUUUUGAUACUGUACACUGAUAAAUUUCAAAGGGUUCAGGGCUGAUCAUUGAUAUACAACUACAUUUCUCUCAAAUUCAUGUUAUAGUACACCUUCAACUAGAUCUAGUAUUGUGAUAAAGCAACAUCCCUAGCAUAACUAGUCGUUCUGGUACAGUCUUCAUCUUUUCCACUUUGCAUGGCUCAGAUAUGUGAUAUAAUCUCAUUGUCUUUGCAUAGUACUCUUCCUGUUGUUGAUCCCUUUACCAGGAAACCUUGGUAAACUGACAGUUAUAAAUUUGAAAAACACUGGAACACUGAUAACAAUUUGAAAAAUUGUUAUCAGUGUUCCAGCACCCUUUUCCAGUUUUCUCGGCAUGCUCAUAUAGUCAUGUUCCCAUAUAAUUUUCACAUUACAAUCUUUUCCUUUGCAUACAUUACUGUAAGACUGUUCCCGUCCUUCUCGUCCUAUCCCCCUUCCUUUA